AAAAAGUUGGCGUUUUUUUUAUCUCGUUCUGUAUAGGUUUCCUUGGUUUCUUGUAGCAAGUUGGGAUUUUUAAGACCCUGUACCAUUUGAAUACCGUGGAACUUUCACAUUACCUUUGUGGGCUUUGCAAGAAACUACGGGGUCAAGGCACUGUCUAAUCGCUCUCGUACGAGAUUUUGCUCAUGCUUGGUUGAAAACCCGAGAGAGGGAGAGAGAGGACGAUGGGGGAGGGCUUCGAGGGUCACAAGGAAUAUAUCGCCGGAAUGAUGGCUGGUCUCGCCACCGUCGCCGUGGGUCAUCCAUUCGACACCGUCAAGGUAAAACUCCAGAAACACAAUACAGAUGUGCAUGGGAUCAGAUACAGAAAUGGCUUGCAUUGUGCUGCUAGGAUCUUGAGCACUGAAGGAGUCAAAGGUCUUUACAGAGGAGCGACAUCUUCGUUUUUGGGGAUGGCCUUCGAGAGUUCACUCAUGUUUGGCAUAUAUUCCCAGGCGAAGCUAUUCUUGCGGGGAACUUCUCAAGAUAACAGGCCACAGCCACAGAUAAUCGUACCAUCUGCUAUGUUUGGUGGAGCUAUGAUUAGUUUUGUACUAUGUCCAUCAGAGCUAGUAAAGUGUAGAAUGCAAAUCCAAGGCACGGAUUCUCUGGUUCUCAACUCACGUAGAUACAGUGGUUCGCUCGAUUGUGCCAUUCAGACGGUUAAAAAUGAUGGGGUAACAGGUAUUUUUCGUGGUGGUUCAGCGACAUUCUUGAGAGAAUGUUUUGGAAAUGCAACCUUUUUUGUUGUCUAUGAGUAUGCUCGUUAUCACAUCCACUCAAAGUUGGAGAAUUCUUCGCUAAAAGACAGCAACUUGGUUGACAUGGGAGUAGGCGUUGUCACUGGUGGUCUCGGUGGAAUAGCUUGCUGGUCUGCUGUUUUGCCUCUCGACGUAGCAAAAACCAUUAUCCAGACUUCUCCGGACAAAACUUCCCCGAGAAAUCCAUUUGUAGUUUUGAACUCGAUCUACAAGAGGGCUGGACUGAAGGGAUGCUAUGCGGGUUUGGGUCCUACCAUCGUGAGGGCGUUUCCUGCUAAUGCAGCGGCAAUCGUUGCUUGGGAAUUUUCCAUGAAAAUGUUGGGAAUUAAACAUCACUAGGAUAUGAUUGGUUAUCCUAAGUUUUAAAAAAAAAACCAUUCUUGUAAUGGAUCUUAAGGUUUACUUACAUAAUCAAGAAACAUUUUCUCGGAAAGCUUCAGCUUC